AUGAACUGUGGCGCAAUUGUAGUGGGUUGUUGUUUUGAUCACAGAAUAGUAGAUGGUAUAAGCAGCUGUAUUUUCUUUCGAGCAUGGACGGAGGCUGCUCAAGGUAUCUCGUUUUCCAUGACUACGCCUUGCUUUGAACGCUCACUCCUCAAUCCCCGCAACCCUCUCAACGCUGCUGCCAUUGAUAGGCAUUACAUGGCACUUCCUUUCUCUGCUCUUGAUCAUGCCGACCCCCCUCCUCCCCAAAUUGGGCGCAUCUAUCAUUUAGAUGCUCCCACGCUUCUCCAAUUGCAGUCUCUUGCAAACCAAACUGAAGGAAAACCCCGUGUUGGCAAACCCAUAACAAAGAUGGAAGCAGUCUCUGCCUACAUUUGGAAAGUAUUUACUCGCGCGCAGUCUUUGAGUUCUUCAACACCGACCAGAAUUGGCAUUCCAAUUGACGGCCGUUCAUACCUGAACCUCCCUCCAUCCUACUUCGGAAACGGGAUAGCAAUUCCUUUCAAGGAGAGUUAUGCUGAGCAGAUAUUAGAGGAGCCAUUGAGCAAGACAGCAGAAAUCGUACGCAGCGUCAUAAGUGCUUCCGCAAACAGUGAAUAUUUCAAGUCCUUCGUUGAUUGGGUGGAGGAGAAGAGACCGGCAGCGAUGUUAGCGAAAGUGUAUGCGGAGAAAGGGUCUGCCGUGGUGGUGUCGUCAGGAAUGAGGAUUCCAUUAUAUCAAUUCGACCUGGGAUGUGGGAAGCCUGCGUUUUCAAGUUCGUAUUUUCAAUGGGGAGGAACAGCGGGGUAUGUGAUGUUGCAGGCGAGCCCCCUGGGAGAUGGGAAUAUGGUGGUCUAUAUGCACAUGGACGAGAAGCACUUAGAUGCCAUUGAAGCUGAUCCUGAUUUUUUGUUUGCGAGGGCCAAUCAAAUGAAUUUCUUGUAA